ACUAUGUUUUCAGUCGUCUGUCGCAGUUUGAACGAUCCGGUUGCGAUUCUAAUAUACGGACGAAGUUUGGCCCGAAAGUGGACGCAGAAAUUGAAUGGCAGUGAACAGCAUAGACUGCGGUGUGGAUGAUUGGCAGUGAACGAAAUUUAAUUCGAUUAGGCUAGAAUUACAUUUACGGCUUGACCGUUUAUUCGGCGGGUUCAAUAGGUGAAAGGUGAUCAGAACUUCUGCAUCUGCUGUCGGCGAAUUCUUGGAAAACAAAACAUUUGAAAAUGAUGUGGUUGAUAGUGCUGGCGGUGCACAUGGUCAGCGGUAGCAAUCUACUGGCGCUUCAUGAAUCAUCCAGCGAGAAUCGGGUUUCGUCUGCAGCGCAAUUCUGCACCGAUCUGAAUCCGCAGACCGGACUGGAUAUCGAGCAAAUAAUGGGCCUCUGGUAUGGCAGUGAGGUAAUAACACAUCUAGGCAACGAGGAUGGUGAAUCGAUCUACGAUACGUGUGUGGUGAUUCAUUUGGCAGAUAUUACCAACUCGAGCUCGACCAGCGACUAUCCGCUGAGAGAUCAAGGACCCGAUGUGCGUUUCGGUACCUCCUAUGGCUAUCCAGGUGAUCGGACUCACCAUAGCGGGGAGGAAUACGGUAACCGUCGUUAUCAAAAUCGUCAGCAGCAACAGCAACAGCACCACAACCAGCACCAGUAUCGGCAGCAAUUCACCAGCACUCGAUAUCUGCGCUUGAUUUGGGACGAAAAAGACCACACACUGGAAUAUACCUUGCGGUUCAACAACACACGACCCGGAUUCUGGAUUGCGUCGUCACCGCAGACCGGAUCAAUGACACAGCUAUCCUACAAUCAAUUUACCGGCACGGUGCAGGUACUUAAAGCUAUCAACAACCAAUUGGUACUGACGUUCUGUCAAAGUUUGCCCGGAGGUCAACUGUUUUCGGUGGUGCUCUCGAGACAUCCGAUGGGGCUGUCACCGGAGGAAAACCAGAGUAUACGAAACUUGCUGAAAAGACGAAACCUGUCCACGACAUCUGUAAGGAAAGUUUGUUUCAGCGGUGCUGGCACACAAACCUCGCUUGGGAUAUUAUCUGUUCUGUUAAUCGCCUUGCUUUUGCGAUCCAUUUCGAAAUGAAAUUAAUUGUGCGCUCACUAAAUUUCCAGGAGCACACUUUACUCGUUCGAAUUACUCAUAAUUACAAUUCCAUCAAUCCAUCCAUGAAUUGUCCCCUAUUUAUACAAGUCAAGGACUGCUGCGAUCGUGUGUAAUUUAUAUGCCUUGCGUUUCAAACCACCAUUAAUGUAUAUUCUAAAUAUUUCUUGUGCAGUAAGUGAAAACUGUCGAAAAUCUCGAAAGUGGUUAAAAUGUAACAAUAUUUGUGCGACGUAUAUUUUAUCCUGGUUCAUGUGUCAUGAGAAAUUAAAAGUCAUUAGUUAGUCAUAGGAACAUCUAAGACAGUAGCUUUAAUUUUUCGAAGACGACCUCAAUAAAACGGUUCCAACCGAAUUCGUUCCAACUAC